AUGUCGGCAGCGUCAACGCCAUUGGUAAGACAUUAAUUUUUAUUUUACAUUAUUUUAGUUCGAAAAAGAUCAAUAAGACAAGACAUCUUGCUUGUAUUCUAGUUGUAUCCUGGUUUUUAGAUUAGAAAACGAGUACAUGAUAGUUUAUUCUGUAUUACUAAUUGGUUUGAUUUUAGACACCGCGGAGAUCAGGUCGAAAACAUGUAAAGAAAAAAAUCACCGAUUUUCGUCUUCGCAAUUGGCGGAUAAAAUUCAUAUUCGGGGUGUCAGAUCCUCUGUUCACGGACUUUUCUCUUCAUAUUGAAGGAGAGCGGACUGAUACUUACGAUUAUUGGACGACUUCUGCGGUGAUUUCAGUUGAUUUGCCCAACUAUGUGAAGACGGCUGGAGGGACUCUGUAUUCCUUAGAAGGAGGGCCAGACAAAAAGUUGAUGAUUAAAGGUAGUGUUUUCAGACAUUCUUUUUGCUAUUCAGACCAAUUUGAAUAAAUUUUUAGAAGGAUUCCCAGCAAGACUGAUCAAUUUAUUUUCGGAUGGAUUCCCCGAGAAUUGGAUGAGUAUUUGUCUCAAGUUUGUGUCUGCAUUGUAGGUUUGCUUUUUUCAAAAUUAUUACUUAUCGGUUUAGGAAAAAGCUGGCACCCGGAGUCCUGAAGGCAGCUGAGAACUCACAGAAGAUCGAAAGGCGAUUACCGUCGCCGAUUAAGAGUCCAAAAGCAAUUCAGAAGGAGAAUAGGACGACAUUGUCUAAGUCUUUAACUCCAAAACGAAGUCCAGUUGCACGGGCGCUCAAUUUCCUUCGAUCUUCCGCGCAGAAAGCUAGGAAACGGUUGUCUCCGAAGAAGUCAAAUGUUGAGCUUGACACCAGCACUCCAAAAAUCAGGAAUGAAAAAGGAUUCUCGCCAAGAAAAACGAUCUAUAAGGUAGGAUAUAACCUUUUAGUUGCGUAAAAAUUACAAGUUGUCUCUGAAACGCAACAUAUAUUAUUUUUUUAUUGUUUUAGCUCGGUCGCCUUUCAAUAACAAAAUCACCAAAGAAGACAGUAAAGCGGCCGAAUCCUGUUGUCGAUGAUGUCGAGAACACGCCUGUAAAGGGCGGAAACCUUCAAAAGAUUGCUGACGAGGUCCUUCUGUCCACUCCAUCUUGUAGUUCAACAGCUGCUGCAACAAAUUCGAAAAGCGAGCGAAAAAAGGUCUGGAGACUUGAACAGACUCAAACAUUAAAGGUAAGUGGGAUAUAACUUUUUUUUAUUGUAUUUUUAGACUGCUCUCGACAUGUUUCAUCCAACAUCGGAGCAGGGUUGGAAGAACGUUGCGGCUGCUUUGAAUGACAAAUUUACAAUUGAAGAGUGUCGACAGAAGGCAGAGAAACAGUUCAAAUACACUGUGGAGGAAACGGAAAAAGUUGGACCAAAAGAAUUCUUUGAUAUUGUUGAGAAAAUGGAGAGCACCAAAUUUGGGACGUUGAAACAUAUGGAAACCAAAGAAGAAAUGGCCACAUUUUUAAGCAGAUGGAGACUGGAGCAACAAAGGGAGAAGAAGACGGAAUGUGUAGAUGAUUCCGCCAGUGACGAUUCAUUUGCAGUGGUAAGUUUGGAGAUUUUUAAUUUGAAUGGCUAGUGUAAUAUAAAUUUGGAUAAAAAAUGUGUGCUUUAAUGGAGUAGAGAGAACAUUUUUAUGAAAUGAAUGGGAGUGGGGUAUAUGAUCUGUUUUUGUUCACUUUUGUUUUAUUUUGACCAUUUUAGGAUGUAAUAAACGCCGCCAAACAAAUCCGUCGACCAGUUGGAGAAUGCAAUGUCAGAACUCCAUCCAGACGUCAAUAUAUCCCGAUUCCAGUUGCGCUAAGCGAGUCUGCAUCGGAACGCGACAGGAAACUGGAUGAAGAGUUUGCGGUCCCAGAUUGGUAAGCAUAUUAUAUUAGACGUGGUAAUGAAAAAUUUGAUCGGAAUCUGGUGGACGUGAGAUAAUGAAUCGUUUUUGCAGGUCCAACCGCCAGAAAGUCAUUUUCCGGCUUAGAAACCAUCGACCACCCACGCGAAGACCUCAGAAACCCAAAGAAGAUGAAGAUUACCUCAUGAAUUCCUCUCAGUUCUCAUUUUGA